GUUGUGGCCAAGGGAGCCAUCGCCAGGAUCCUCCACAAGGGGCUGGACCUCAUGGAGGGGGCUGGGCUGACGGGCUCCUUCUCAGUGGAGCUGCCCGUCGGCACUGACCUGGCUCCCGCUGCCAAGGUGCUGGGUUACACAGUGCUGCCCGAUGGCGAGAUGGCUGCCGACAGCGCCCGGCUGCACAUGGCCAAGUGCCUCCCGAACAAGGUGAAGCUGGCCUUCUCGCAGGACCGGGCCCUGCCGGGCUCAGAGCUCCAGCUGCGGGUGCAGGCUGCCCCCGGGUCCCUGUGCGCCGUCCACGCCGUGGAUCAGAGCGUGCUGCUCAUGAAGCCCGAGGCUGAGCUCAGCGUCGACACGGAUGCGGCUUUGGAAAUUCUCACCAACACCAACACCAAGAAGCCCUGUGAACGGCGUGGUCCUGCAUUGUCCUCACUAGCAAGUGUGGAUAGUGCAGCAGGGACCCCAGUGAGCAAUGGCCGGCUAGCACCAGAAGCCUGCACCCAGGAGGAGCCAGCGCCACGUGCAUACUUCACAGAGACAUGGCUGUGGGACCUGGUCCCUGUGGGCGAGGGGGGCUCCAAGGAAGUCCCAGUCUCGGUGCCCGACACCAUCACGGAAUGGAAAGCUGGGAUGUUCUGCAUGGCGGAGGUGGGCUUUGGCCUCUCGCCCACGGCCACCUUCACAGCCGUCAAACCCUUCUUUGUGGAGCUGGCCUUGCCGUACUCCGUGAUCCGGGGAGAGGCCUUUGCCCUAAAGGCCACCGUCUUCAACUACCUGCAGCAGUGCAUCAAGGUGCGAGUGACGCUGGCGGAGUCUGCGCAGUUCCAGGCGCAGGCAGGCGAGGACAGCGCCUACACCAGCUGCCUCUGUGCAGACGAAUGGAAAACCUUCCAGUGGGAGGUGACAGCGAGCAGCCUGGGGGAGGUGAACUUCACCAUCAGCACUGAGGCUCUGCGCACCGAGGAGCUGUGCGGCACAGAGGUGGCCAUGGUGCCGGCCCAGGGGCGAGUGGACACCGUGAUAAAGCCCCUGCUGGUCCAGACAGGGGCAGGUUCCCAACAGGCCUUUAACGGUUUGUCUUUGCCUUCGUGUUACUCAGCGUCCGAAGAAAUCUCCUUGCAGCUGCCAGCGAACGUCCUGGCGGGGUCCGAGCGGGCCCACGUGACUGUCCUGGGAGACAUUAUAGGCACAGCUCUGCAGAACAUAGACCAGCUGCUGGCCAUGCCCUACGGCGAUGGAGAAGAGAACAUGGUCCAGUUUGCUCCCAACAUCUACAUCCAGCAGUACCUGGAGAAGAGCGGGCAGCUGAGCCCGGAGAUCAGGGACAAGGCCCAGGGAUUCCUCCAGAGCGGCUACGAGUGCGAGCUGCUCUACAAACACAACGAUGGCUCUUACAGCGCCUCUAGGAAGAGGGAUGCCAGGGGCAACACCUGGCUGACGGCCUUCGUUCUCAAGUCCUUUGGCCAAGCCAGGCCCUAUAUCUCCAUUGAUGAGAAACACCUAGAGGACGCCCUAGGGUGGCUGCACAACCGCCAGCGGAAGACCGGCUGCUUCCGCAGUGUGGGGAAGCUAUUGAACAACGCCCUGCAGGGCGGCGUGGUGGAUGAGCUCUCUCUCUCGGCUUACAUCACGGUGGCGCUGCUGGAGCUGGGGCAGCCGCUCACGGACCCCAUGGUGACCAGGGCCCUCCAGUGCCUCCGGGAGUCAAGCACCAGCGACCUCUACACGCAGGCGCUGCUGGCCUACGCCUUCGGGCUGGCAGGGAGCACUGAACUGCGGGACGCCCUUCUGCAGCACCUGGCCCAGCACAGCGUCAGCGCCGGGGGACAGCUCUACUGGCAGAGGAAGGUGAAGGCCCUGCCCAGCCCCUACAGGAACCAGGCCCUGUUGGCGGAGGUGGAGAUGACGGCUUACGUGCUCCUGGCCUAUCUCUCCCUGCCCAAUGUGUCCGCUGCUGACAUGACGACCGCCGCCCAGAUCGUCCGCUGGCUCAGCAGGCAGCAGGACCCCUUUGGGGGCUUCUCCUCCACGCAGGACACGGUGGUCGCCCUGCAGGCCCUGGCCAAAUACGCGGCCCUGACGUACAGCACGAGCGGGGCUGUGUCGGUGACGGUGAGCUCCCAGGCCGGGGCCCGGCAGCAAUUCCACGUGGAGAAUGCCAACCGGCUGGUGCUGCAGCGAGCGGCCCUGCAGGAGAUCGCCGGGCAGUACACGGUGCGGGCCAGCGGCAAGGGCUGUGUUUUUGUGCAGCUGACUCUGCGCUACAACGUGCCGCCCCCAAAGAGCGCCGCGACCUUUGACCUGCGGGUGGAGACGGAGCCGAAGGAGUGCACCGAGACCUCCAGAUCCCGCUUCAGCCUCGUGCUGCACGCCCGGUACAGCGGGGAGCGCCCAGCCACCAACAUGGCCAUCAUCGAGGCCAAGCUGCCGUCCGGCUACACCCCUGUCAAGAGGUCCCUGCGGCAGCUGGAGAAGCAGCGUUUGGUGAAGUGGCUGAAGGUGCAGAAUGACCAGGUGACGCUCUAUCUGGACCAGCUGACGAAGGAAGCGGCGAGUUUCACCUUCUCCCUGGAGCAGGAUUUCCCUGUGAAGAAUCUCAGAGCAGCCCCAGUGAGACUGUACGAUUAUUACGAGAUGGGUGAACACACAGAGGCUGAGUACAGCGCCCCCUGUGGCUCAGCCCCUGACGCCGACACGAUGGAAAAUUCCCGCUGA